AUGGGAAGAGAAACGUCUUCCUCUGAUUGUGAUGAUCUGGAUCUUGAAUCUUCUGAAGUCCAGCAGUCGCAUACAAACAAUGCCUUUCAGUCCAAUCGAAUAAAUGUUGUGGAGGCCGAGCUUGAGGAGCUAACCCAGCUCUCAAAGAAACAGUUCGACUUUGAUGGGAAAGGUGUUAGUGGAGAAGAUGGAGCCUAUUGGCGCAGUAGGAAGAACAACAUUGAAAAUUUGAUCAACUUUGGGCCCAUUUACCGAUGUCUGCACAUCCAUAGUGUCUCAGGAGAGAGGUCAGAGUUUGAACACUACUAUUUCACUCAGCGGCGGAAACAAUGUCAACUCAUUCUUAGUCUUUCACCAUCUCAACAGUCAAGCUUGCGAAACUACGGUGAGUUCUUCAGCCGAGUGGUGGGUUUUUUCCUGGUGGACGACUAUCUGCGUCACACUAUGCCAGGUGCUGCAGCAAGCGGAGGAAGCGGUGCAGCUGCAGCGGCCUCCUACUACCAAUCCUAUCUGGCAGAUUUGUGGGGCGCACUGGUGCCACGGCUGACCAAAAUUAUAGCUCGCAAUGCAUCGAGCUGCACCACCACUGGAGAGUUGUUAAGUCUUAAGCACCAUUGUGUGCUUUUUGAGAGGACUAUGGCCAACCUCGGAUUCCAUACAGCUGGACUGAAUGAGAUGGUGGAGUCGGUGAGGAGACAGUUUAGUCACCUACUCAUUGAUCAGUGGAGAAAUCGAUUUGAAGGGAUUUUUAAGAACGACAACUACACUGCCAUUCGGCUCGAGUCUGCUUCCGAUCUAACACCCGAACUGAUUGCCUACCCUUACUGCCGAUCGGUGGAAUUCACUACACAGCCCUAUCCUCGCUCAUUGGUCUUCUCACCCAUGGUGCCGCAAAUCUACGCUGCGGUUGGUGACUACAUCGACGCAUCUGCUCAAUUCAUCGCUGCGCCCUCCGCCGAUAUGGCAUGGACGGAGUUGGAGGACUCUUUGAAUCGUGCUACCAAUAUUCUUUUCACCGACUGUCUUGCUGCUCUUCUUAAUAGCACUCUAGAAGCAGCGGAGACAAAUCUGUUGCGGCUCAUUCAACUGACGAUCAAUUUGUCGGAGUUAGAGGGUGCGUGUGAGCAUCUGCAGACGUACCUGCAUGAGCAUGCACGACCCAAGUUCUUGUCACCAGCAUCGGCAACGACGGCAACAAUUGAAGAUCAGGGUGAUGAGGUAGUAUGA